AUGGCUACUGGUCAAUCGUUCUAUUCAAAAUUAUUGGGUGAUUUCGAACCACAAUUAGGUUAUUUAUAUGAAAAAACGAAUUCAUUAAAUCGAGCACUAACAGAUUCGUAUACACCAUUACAAUUAGUUGCAAUAGCAUCAGUCCUUACUGCAUGCGGUAUAAGCAUCUAUCAGUUUUUAUUCAGCAAUGAUGAAGAUAUUCAAACGCGUGUUAAACAAACAAUAUUUCGUUUGGCUCGCCGUUUGCCUAUUGUGCAACGUGAAAUCGCCAAAGCACGAAGUAAUACAUUAAAAACAGUCUGUGGUGAUAUGGAAAAAAGUAUUGAAGGACAUCAAUUUGCUCAAGCUCUACCAGAAAGACCAAUUUCAAAAGAUGAAAUUAUUAGAAAACUUCAUACCUAUCGAAAUUUCGAAAAGAUCAAUUAUUCAUCGGGUCACGUUUCUGGUUGUGUUUAUAAAAUAACAAAAACAGAUUUAACAGAAAUCUAUAAUACCAUUUUUGAUUUAUUCGGUGAAGCAAAUCCGCUUCAUGCCGACGUAUUUCCUGAUAUUCGAACGAUGGAAGCUGAAGUUGUUCGAUGCGUAGCAACGAUGUUUCACGGCGAUGAAAAUGUUUGCGGAACGAUGACAUCUGGUGGUACAGAAUCACUACUAAUGGCCUGCAAAACCUACCGUGAUAUGGCGAUAGCGAAAGGAAUUAAACGGCCUGAAAUGUAA